UUCUACAAAUAUGAACCCUAAAACCAUUUCUCCUGUCAUCUUCACCUGAUGAAGAUGAAGCUUGCUGACUCAUUCCGAUUACCACACCUCUCUCUCUAUCUCUCUCACUUUCGCUCUCUAACAUUCAUUGCAUAGAAUUAUCUCGUCCUUCGCCUCGAUUGCUCCUCGAAUUACCAGGUUUUCUUGUCUGCUUUCCUAAUUCAUGCAUUCUUAUUUUCCUGAAAUGUCGGAAGGCUUGUCCUUUACUACUUCAGGUGGAGAGUAUCCGUAGAUAGCUUAUUCGUUAGUUCACUUUAGAAUUGAAAUCUGUUUAUGACACAGGAGAGGAUAAAUGGCUUCAUUGUCUCAUUCUCUGGUCACGUCUCGUGGGAAUUUGGUAUCGGGAGGUUCAGUUUCGGAUCUUAUUAGAAGUUCAAGUAAUGGGUUAUCUGGUGUUCCUUUGAAAUCCCUUGGGAGGACACGUUUUGGAAUAAAGACAAAGGAUUUGAGAGUUUUUUCAAAGUUGGGGAAGGUGAAGAAACAUGACUAUCCAUGGCCAGAUAAUGCUGAUCCUAAUGUGAAAGGAGGGGUCCUUAGUCAUCUUUCUCAUUUUAAGCUUUUGAAAGAGAAACAGAAGCCUGUUACUCUAGACUUUGAAAAACCAUUGAUGGAUUUACGGAAGAAGAUAAUUGAUGUGCAAAAGAUGGCAAAUGAAACUGAUUUAGAUUUCAGUGAUCAGAUUAUCUUACUUGAGACCAAAUACCAGCAGGCUCUCAAGGAUCUGUAUACACAUCUAACACCAAUACAACGAGUCAAUAUUGCCCGGCAUCCAAACAGACCAACUUUUCUUGACCACGUGUUAAAUAUUACUGAAAGGUUUGUGGAACUUCAUGGAGAUCGUUCUGGUUAUGAUGAUCCUGCCAUUGUCACUGGUCUUGGGACCAUCAAUGAUAAAAACUACAUGUUCAUAGGUCAUCAAAAAGGUAGAAAUACAAAGGAGAACAUUCAACGCAAUUUUGGAAUGCCUACUCCUCAAGGUUAUCGGAAGGCAUUGCGCAUGAUGUACUAUGCGGAUCACCACGGUUUCCCCAUAGUCACAUUUAUCGACACUCCAGGUGCAUAUGCAGACCUUAAAUCAGAAGAACUAGGCCAAGGUGAAGCCAUAGCUCAUAAUUUGAGGACCAUGUUUGGUCUAAAGGUACCAAUUAUUUCCAUAGUAAUCGGAGAAGGUGGCUCUGGCGGGGCUCUGGCAAUUGGAUGUUCUAAUAUAAUGUUGAUGCUGGAAAAUUCAGUUUUUUAUGUUGCCAGCCCUGAAGCUUGUGCAGCUAUUCUGUGGAAGAGUGCCAAAGCUGCUCCAAAGGCUGCUGAGAAACUAAGGAUAACUGCUGGAGAGCUGCUCAAGCUACAAAUUGCAGACGGAAUCAUCCCUGAGCCACUUGGGGGUGCUCAUGCCGAUCCACACUGGACAUCACAACAAAUAAAAACCGCAAUUCUUGAUUCAAUGGAGGAGCUGAAUAAGAUGGAUACAGAAAAGCUGCUUGAGCAUCGAAUGCUGAAGUUCCGCAAACUUGGUGGAUUCCAAGAAGGAAUCCCAGUGGAUCCAAUCAAGAAAGUCAACAUGAAAAAGAAAGAAGAACCCAUUAUUAAACCCGGAAUGAGUCCCGAGGAGUUAGAAGGCGAAGUUAAAGAGUUAAAGCAGAAAAUCCUAAAAGCCAAGGAAUCAUCUAGCGAGCAUCCUGAAUCUGGUCUGAACGAAAUGAUAAAGAAACUGAAGAUAGAAGUCGAUUAUGAAUUAUCCGAAGCGAUGAAAGCCUUAGGAUUGACUGACAGGUCGGUUGCACUUCAACAAGAUUUCGAAAAAUCGAGAAAUUCAAAAGAUCAUGCCACAAUUCUUGCUCUGAACGAACAAAUCGAGAACCUAAAGAAUGAAUUCAAGCAGAAUCUGCAUACAGCUCCAAAUUACAAAAGCUUGAAGUAUAAGAUUGAUAUGUUAUCAGAAUUAUCUCGAGCCAAAGAUCUAUCUGAGAAGAAUGGAAAAAUCGGCUCAUUGAAACAAGAAAUUAAUAAGAAAUUCGAAGAAAUCCUAGACCGACCAGAUUUAAAGGGAAAGAUAGAGUCCAUAAGAAAGGAAAUUGAAGGAUCCGAAGUAGAAUCAGCGACUGAUUUAGAUCAGGAUCUGAAGGAUAAUAUAUUGAAGCUAAAAGAAGAGAUCGAGAUGGAAUUUUCCAACAUUCUAAAACAAUUGGAUUUGCACAUUGAACCGCCUACAUUAUCCGCGAUCAAGAACAAGGCAGAUGAACUUAACCAACAAACAAUGGAGGUUAUAGAGGAUAUGAUCAAUUCAUCUGAUUUAAAAGACCAGAUUGAGCAGUUGAAGGUAGAGAGGGCAAAAGCGGGACAAAAUCCAAGUUUGGAAACAAAGAAUAAGAUCGAGGGCCUUGAACAAAAUAUAAGACAGGCCCUUGUAGAUGCUAUGGAUUCUUCUGUCUUGAAAAAGAAAUACGAGAGGCUGAUGUCCGAAUUUUCUGAGGCUGUGAAUUCUUCUGAAACAAGUCAGGUCAAUUUUGAAACAAACAGUAGCUUUUCUUAAGGUGCUUGGGGAAAGAAAUCUUGAAGAGUAAUGAAAUUCCCAAACCAUCACCCUUCAUUUCAAAAGAUCUCCAAAUUCCUUUUGGGAUAUAGAGGGCGAUUCACGAUUUUCUCACCAUUUAGGAUACAAUUGAUUUAGCUCGGUUAUUGAUUAAAUGAAAAGAUAUGUCGUUUCUCAUGAGUUAGGUUCAUACAUUAGAUCUAAAUUCAUGGUUGUGUUGUCCCCAAACCCCUUCCUUUUUAGAUAGUUAUGUCUGUUGAUUAAAGACUUUGUAUAAAAUACAAUGCCUAAGGAACACUUUUUUUAAGACUUUGUAUAAAAUAGAAUGCCUAAGGAAAACAUAUAUUUUUUAGUAAAUUGCUUAAUAAUGUUUAUAUGGAAACACUUUUUGUAUCU